CGAGCAAUGAAAUACACGUUUAUUGGGAGGAUAGUGAAAUGCAUUACGAUUUGCGUUGGGGUUGGGACAUAGAGCAGAGUCGUAGCAAAGAGACAUUAUGGGUUAAUGAGGAGAAGCAGAGGGAGAAUAGUUCGAAUGCUGUUGCCGCAUGCAUUCUAUAUGCCUGGUUUCCUUGUUAUAUUCGCGAGAUACUAUUUGCGAUGCUGACUAGCUCGGGCUUAUCCAUUUGCUCUUAUCUCAACUAUUUCACAGGAGCAUCCAAUCUGCAAAGUGAAGUCGAGAACCAGGGAUUUAACCGAACUUAUGUUUCAUUGAAGAACGCAUUUAAGAAUACUCUGAUAAAGCCACGAGAAGACUAUGUCGAUGUAUUUUUUCGUCAUUUAGAACAAUGUGCGAAUAUAUGGACACCGCAACAGUUCUAUGCUCCGUACACAUCACUCAUACAAGCCAGCGGUACUGGCAAAUCAAGACUAUUAAGAGAAUUAGCAUUUGAAAAAGACGUCUUUGUGGUAUAUAUUUGUUUGCGUGAUUCAGAAUCGAGGGGCUACCCAAAACGUUCCAUCAUUGCUGAUGUACUCACUGGACAAGCUUUUUCGGAAGCUCAUUAUAUUACUUUCUUAUCGGCUUUGUUUGGUGUAUGUUCGAAAUUCCUCGAUCAACAACUUCGCGAAAAUAUGAAAAAUACAUGUGGCCGCGUGUUCGACAUGUUUAUCAGUGACAAAGAUGAUGAAAUGUUCGAGUUGCAAAACACAUUUUGGAAUAACGUGUCGAAACAAAUGAAAUUGCAAGAGACCUCGAACAAGCCAGCGUCUGUUGUAGAAGUUAGAGAGUCGCUAUAA